AUGGUUUGCAACCUUCAAAGUUGGGCAACCCCUACUUUGGUUUUGGUGAACAGGAUCUGAUCCCAAGGACUGUUACCGCUAUUCUCUUGUGCAGACUCUUAGAAACGCAACCAUGCCUUUUGGAAACACUCACAACAACUUCAAGCUGAACUAUUCGUUGGAUGAUGAGUUCCCCGACCUUUCCCAGCACAACAACCACAUGGCCAAGGCGUUGACUAAAGAAAUAUAUGCCAAACUGAGGGACAAGCAGACUCCCACUGGUUACACUCUGGAUGAUGUCAUUCAGACCGGAGUGGACAACCCAGGUCACCCCUUCAUCAUGACCGUGGGCUGUGUUGCUGGCGAUGAGGAGUCCUAUGACGUUUUCAAGGACCUUUUAGAUCCUGUCAUUUCUGACCGUCAUGGUGGCUACAAGGCCACAGACAAGCACAGGACUGACCUGAACCAUGAGAACCUGAAGGGCGGUGAUGACCUUGACCCUAACUAUGUUGUGAGCAGUCGCGUGCGUACCGGACGCAGCAUCAAGGGAUACUCCCUGCCCCCCCAUAACAGCCGCGGUGAGCGCAGAGCCAUUGAGAAGCUGUCUAUCGAAGCUCUGAACAGCCUGGGCGGAGAGUUCAAGGGCAAAUACUAUCCCCUGAAGGACAUGACUGACCAGGAGCAGGAGCAGCUGAUUGCUGACCACUUCCUCUUUGACAAACCAGUCUCGCCCCUUCUUCUAGCCGCCGGCAUGGCUCGCGACUGGCCUGAUGCAAGAGGCAUUUGGCACAAUGAUGAGAAGACUUUCCUUGUCUGGGUGAAUGAAGAGGAUCAUCUGCGUGUCAUCUCCAUGCAGCAGGGUGGCAACAUGAGGGAAGUCUUCAGGCGAUUCUGUCUUGGUCUGAAGAAGAUUGAGGAGAUCUUCAAGAAACACAACCACGGUUUCAUGUGGAACGAGCAUCUUGGCUUCAUUCUGACUUGCCCCUCCAAUUUGGGCACUGGCCUCCGUGGCGGUGUGCACGUCAAGCUGCCCAAGCUGAGCACCCAUCCCAAGUUCGAGGAGAUUCUCACCAGGCUGCGUCUGCAGAAGCGCGGCACAGGUGGUGUGGACACUGCAUCAGUGGGUGGUGUUUUUGACAUCUCCAAUGCUGACCGUCUGGGCUCCUCCGAAGUGGAGCAGGUCCAGCUGGUGGUUGAUGGUGUGAAGCUCAUGGUUGAAAUGGAGAAAAAGCUGGAAAAGGGAGAGGCCAUUGAUAGCAUGAUUCCUUCUCAGAAGUAAAGGGAGCUACACCUUUUCUAUAUUUCAAAUUAACUGAACUAUCAAGCAUGUUGACAAAACCAAAGUAAUCUUUAUAGAGACUCUUAAUUCUGCUCCCUUGUUUCCCCCUUUUGGUUCUUUUCCCUUUUUCCAUUGUUAUUUUUCUGUUUCUUGUAUAGUUGGUAACAUCCUGGGAUCAAAAGUCAGGCACACCUGACAUUAUGAAAUCACCUUAAUUUGAAUUUCUCUUUUGGUUGUACAAAGUAAUCAAAUUAAAUAAAAUUGGCCCCAUUAAAAAUUAA